CACAUCUGUCAGUUGUGUUGAGAUGAUGAUUUGAAAAAGAGCUUUUCAACGGUUGCGAUUGUAAAAAUUUUAACUCCAAGUGAACGCUACUCAUAAACACAAUGCCGCCAAAAGACUCCGAGGUUCAACCAGCGGUUGCUGUGAAACCAAACCCUCGUAAUAACCCGAUAAUGUUUAAAAUAUUUCAAAAUGUGCAAUAUAAUGUAGUACAGCACAAAAAGUAUGUCAAGGAAAUGAUAAAACUCUACAAAAAGUUGGACGAAAAUGAAUUCCGUGAAAGCUUCAAGAAUGCAUUACACUAUUUGUUUACAUUUGGAGACACCAGUGCCAAUGUGGACCGGGUUAUCCAGUUUGUGGCCACUUUUUCCACCUCUCUGGAUGACGAAGAAGAGUUUUUGAUGUUCAUUUGUGACAUCAUUUUUGAUUGUCAGUGCGUAUCGGGCCAAUCGGUGCGUUACCGGGCAAGUCAGCUGCUGGCAGCUGUGCUCUCUGCUUUGGGAGAAGAUGCCUCUCUUGAUGAUGAUCUAUGUGAUAAACUGCUUGCAUCUCAAAUGCAGCGUUUGCAAGACACGCGCGGCGCGGUGCGGUGUCGCGCGGCGUUAGCAUUGCAACGUCUGCAGAACCCGAUGGAACCAGAUGAUGAGGUCACUCGUGCCUAUCGCUUCCACAUGAGCUGUGACCCGAGUUCUUCUGUCAGAAGAGCGGUAGUGAUGUCCAUAGCGAAAUGUACGCGGAACGUGCCGUACGUACUCGAGCGGCUAUGCGAUGUAGAUGAAGCGGUCAGACGCGCUGCGUUCCUUUACAUAGCCGGCGUCAACGUCACGCAGCUCAGAGUCCGCCAGAGAGUUCUGACCCUUAAGGUCGGACUUACCGAACGCAGUCAGCGCGUGCGACGAGUGGUCGAAGAGAUCCUCGUACCCGGUUGGCUGAGCACUUUCCAAGGCAACAUCAUAGACCUGUUGAAAGCCAUACGCUUGGACAACGCUCACGAUGCUAAAGACUCGCAGUACGUCGCUGGAAAGCUGCUGGAGACAUUGUUCAAACGUCUCCCAAUAUCCGAACUGCUGGAAUGGCUGCCAACCGACAAGACUCUUCGGCUGAUCCCAGCUGAGAAACUAAACAAGGAGACCGCGUGGUACUGGCGCCACCUGGCGGAGCAUUUGCAGAAGAUCGAAGACGAUGAGACGCUGGAAACGGUGCUUCCAGACUUGGUGGUGCUCACUGGAUAUAUUAAGGCGUAA